UAUGUGGCGACGAGAUCUCUGUGAAUAGUGGGGUCUUUGGAACUAUGUGAGUUAUUAAUUUUUGCGCUGUUUAUUUGUUAAUAGAGACAUUUUAAUAGCAAUAAUGCGAAUUGUCUCUCAACUUGGUGGGAAUUCUGUUGCGUUAUUUUUAUGAAUUUUCGAGGGCUCAAGUGAAUGUUUAUGAGGCGAUUUUUACGUUUAACAACGAUGAGUAAUUGUCGAAGUACGACAAUCAACUGGCGAUUAUUGAUUUCAUCCAUUGUUAUUUUGCGAAAUCACGACAUUUAGAGAGGUUAAUAGAUUUUCCACUUAAUUUUUUAAUACAAAAAUGAAAGGAAUUUCAUGGAAAACCCCGAUGACAUUUAAUAAUAAGUUUAAUUUCCCUAAAUUCCUAUAAAAUCUUUAGCAACUCCGCGUAGUUGUCUAGUCAACAUUUGAUUCUGUCGUUCGGGUAAACUUCGGGUAUUAUCGUGUUAUCUCGUGACUCGUUGAGUGAAAAUAAACGUGCACAUGGCAGUGCUGAAACGUGUUCAGUGCUCUGAGUGAUAUAAAAGCCACGAGGAUGACAAAAAAAUCAUUAUCAAUGGGGUCCAUGAAGACCACGAGGAUUACCUGGUCAAUGGAGGAACUAACAGCACUUGUCAAUGACAAAAAAUCUCAGGUGCAUCUUAUAAAGACACAGAGACACAUCGCUUUGCAUCCUUGUCAAUUGGGAAACUUGAAACAAUCACUGCAGGACAUCCUCGGAGAUGAGCUCAAUCAUUAUGACGAUAAGCUACAUGGGCUUUUGCUAUCCUACAAAAACCCAAAAUUAUUGUCUGAAAGAGCAGCUAUGCUGUAUGACUCUUUCUCUUGUCAUGUUGACAUAGAGGCAGAUUUUUACGUAUUCAGACCAAAAGUUGGACAUGUUCUCAAAGGUGUCAUAAUAAAAAAACCUGCCAAUCAUCUUGGUGUCUUGGUACACAAGGCUUUUAAUGUUUCAAUACCAAGGAAGGAUCAUGAGGGAAAGGAUUGGGAGGGAAAUCAUAUGAGCGUUGGAGAUGAGGUCACAUUUAGCGUUCAGCUAAUGGACUUGAAACCUGGAAGGGGUAAAUUACCCUUCAUUAGAGGGGAACUAGUGGCUAGUGAUUGUGCUGAUGAGAUAGCACUGGAAAAAUCGAGGAAACACAGCAGAUUUGCGGAUGAAGACGCCUCUUCUGAGGGUUUUAAGAGUGAUGAGAAUGAGGAUGGGGAAAUAUCGAAGAUUGACAUGAAACCGAAAUUUUCUUCAACAGUGAAUGAAGAGAGCAGCUCAGAGUCUGAGGGAGAAAGCGUGGAGGCACCGAAAUUCCAAAAGAUUCAGGACACUUCUGAUAAGGCUGAUAAAAAAAUUACGGACCAUAGAAAUGGAAAAAUUGAAGAUUCUAGCUCCUCAUCUGAUUCAGACAUUCAAACACCUGUUUUUGAUAAAUCCAGAAAGAAAGAACUGUCCAAGAAGAGUGGGACAACUAAACUGGAUAUUGGAGGCUUGGGUAGUGAUUCUACAGAUUCACCGAAGACUUCCACUACUCCUGAUAAAUCCAAAACUGCUGUGAGGAGAAGCAGCACGAUUUCUGAUAGAGGGAAAAUUUUAUUUGAUAGUUCUGAUGAUUCAGACGAUGAAGUGCCAUUUUCUAAUAAAUAUAUUGAAAAAGAAACACCAAAAAAAAUUCCGAAUAUCGAUAAAUCGGUUGAGAAAUCGCCAUCACCUGAAAAAAUUUCUAAGAAGUCAGUGAAAAAAGUUCCGAGUUUUGACGAUUCAGACAGCGAUGUUCCUUUUUUGAAUGGAAAUUCACAAAAUAUUCAAAAAGGAUUAAAUUCGGUAAAGUCCGAAGAAACAGUGAACAACAGCGGAAAAAAUCAUAAUACAACUGCCAAUUCGGAUACGUCCGAUGAUGAGCUACCAUUUUCUAUUAAACCAAUCAAAAAAUUAUCAUCUCCUGCGCAAUCUCUCAAUACAUUAGUGCAGCAGGAUUCGAAUGGUUCUGACGAUGACGUUCCAUUCGGUAACUCCCAAAAUAGUAAUGAAAUGAAAGAUAUUUCCAAUUUAAAAUCUGAACAAUCCCAGAUAAACAGUGAAAAUAAAUGUGGUAAAAUGACUCUCGAGGACAACGAGACAAAUUUCCCGAUAGAUAAGUCUAGUAAAAAGAAGAAUAACACAGAAAAUGAAGAUGUUGACAGUGAUGAUGAUUUUGCCUCGUUCAUGCUCGUUCGAAAAAUCGAAGAGGAAGACGAUGCUCAGGUAGAAAAUCUCCCGAAUUCGAAUUCUCUGAAAAAAAAGUCAAAAAAUGUAUCAAACGAUGCAGAGGUCGAACAUGAAUCAGUACAAAUGUUGCUGCAUGCAAAGCACAUAAAAUCUGAGGAAGAGAAACCUAGGAGAUCUAGAACAGUAACCGAGGAAGACGGUGAUGUAGACAUUCCCAAAAAAGUUAAGAAGGAGAAGAAGAAGAAGAGGAAAAAAUCUGAACGAUCUGAGGAAGAGCUGCAUCCUGAUCUUCCCAUAAAGAUCAAGAAGGAGAAAUCAGUUGAUGUGAGCGGUUCAUCCAAAGAAAUAACCAAUCUGCAGGUAGAGGACGUCAGUGAGGAGGUAGAGGCGAGAGAUGAGAGGAGUGAAGAUGCACCUGGCACAUCCCCUGCAAAACCUGCGAAGAUGAAGAAACGAUCAUCGAAGUCAAAACUACCUUCAGUUGAAGACAACGAACUCAGUGACACGUGCUCCAUAAAAACAAAAUUAUUAGUUAAAAGAGAAGAAUCUGUAUUCUUCACGAACAUAACGAUUAAGCAGGAGCCUAACGUCUCGGACGUGGAGAGCAUGCCGUCGAGGAAACGUAAGCGAAGUGACACCCUUACGUCGAGUGAACGUAUUGAUACGUUCGGAGAUAUUAGAAUAAAGCGGGAAUUGAGUGUCGUAAAGAGCGAGGGAAGUGAAAAAGAGAAAAAAAGGAGAAAAGACAUUGAUUCGAGCAUUAAGCGUGAGGCCUCUGAUAUUGACGACGCACCACCGAGAAAAAAAUCCAAGAAGAAAUUCAGUGAAUGAUGAGGGGAAUAAAUAAAUAAAAAAGAAUAACACAAUUGUUAAAAACUUGAACCAGCGACACCAAGAAUCCUGCAUCGUGUUUUUUCUUUUCAAUUACUUAUUUUUUAUCUGUACAUAAACGUAAUAUAAAUAACUAAGAAUAGAAUCUUA